UCCCAGCAGCUCGUCUCCAUUCCGCCAGCAUGGAUUCGACCGAGGAGGACGCGCUCCUGUUCCUCAUCUACCAGCACCUCAAGGUCCACGGCCAUCAGAAGGCCGCCAACGCGCUGAAGAAGAGCGUCGCGCAGGUUGAAGCACCAGAGGAAUGCUCCAGUCUCCAUGAUAUGUACACUGGCUGGACAAAACUAUGUUCCUUAGCCCAGGAGCCCAAACAGGAAAUUGAGGUGGACUCCACCACGGUGAAGAAGAGAUUCAAGAUGGAGGCGGGCGCGGCCGCAGAAGGACUCUCCUGCAGACCAAAAGAGGAGGAGGAGGAGGAGACCAAGCCCCUCAUCACCCCAGAGACCCCCGACACCAAACCCCCUGCUGGAGCCCCAGAGCCCCAGGCUGAGGGCGAGCAAGACCCCAGUGAGGAGCCUCCCUGCCUGGGGAAGACCUCAGCCUCAGACCAGCCCGAGAACCAGGAGGAGGAAGAAGAACAAGAGGAGGAGAAGGAGGAGGAGAAGAAGGAGGAGGAGAAGGAGGAGAAGGAGGAGGAGAAGGAGGAGGAGGAAGAGGAGAAGGAGAAGGAGGAGGAGGAGGAGGAAGAGGAGGAGAGCAAACCACAGGAAGAGUCGGCUGCUGCUCACCCCGACACUGAAGCCCAAGACCAAUCUGGAGAGGCCGUCCCGGUCCUCGACGCGCCCAGCCAGGAGCUCACUGAGCAGGCAGAGGCUGAACUCCAGCCCCCUGCUGCAGCCGAGGCCUCAGAGCCCAGUGAGGAGGAACCGGAGAAGGAGACCAAUGAGGAGACGGCAGAGAGUGAAGACCCGCCUCCCCUAGCUCCUGAGGAGGCUGCUUCCCCUGUGUCUGAGGAACUGGAGAAGGAGCAGGAAGAGGAGGAGGAGGAAGCGGAGGACAAGGACGAGGAGAAGGAGGAGGAGGUAGUCGUUCAUGCAGAGAAAGAGUCUGAGCCAGCAGGGGGCGCUCGCCUGGAGGAUGAGGCCGUCACCUCCACCACCGGCACUGACACAGCGGUGACCCCUCCAGAGGUCGACGGAGAGGAGGAGGAGGAGCCAGAGGAGCCAGAGGAGGCGCCCAAGAAGAAGAAGAAGAAGAAGACCAAGAAGGUAGUGGAAGACACACCCGCUGUGGAAGACACGCCCGCUGUGGAAGACAUGCCCCUGGAAGAGGACACGCCUCUUGAAGAAGACACGCCCCUUGAAGAAGACAAGCCCCCCAUCAAGAAAGGAAAGAAGCCGAAAAAGAGAAAGACAGAAGAACAGGAGCCGGUGGAGGAGGAGGAGAAAGUAGUGGAGGAGGAGGAGAAGGAGGAGGAGAAGGAGACUUCUGCACCUCCUGCGGAGAAGAGAACCAAGAAGAAGAAAAAGGGGAGCGAGAAGGUGGUGGAGGAGGUGGAGGAGGUGGCAGUGGAGGAAGAGGAGGUGGUCGCCACACCACCGAAGAAGAGGAAACGCAAGAAGGUGGCUAAAGCAUCCGAGGAGGAGGUGCAGGAGGAGCAGGCGCCGGACAAGGAGGUGCCAGAGGAGGAGGAGGAGGAGGAGGAGGAGGAGGCUGUGACUCCUGAAGCCCCUCCCAGCUCAGAGAAGAAGAAGAGGAGGAAGAGGAAGAGGGGAAAGAAAGCAGCAGGAGCAAAAGAGGAGGAGCAGGAGGAGGAGGAGGUGGAGCAGAAGGAGGCGGAGGAAGAGGAGGAGGAGGAAGAGACACCGAAAGGUUCAGGUGUCUCUCGCCCUCGCCACGCCCUGAUCUCCACGUCGCUGAGGAAGCGCUUCGGGAGGCGGAGCCGGCGUCUCAAGGCGGGGAAAGCCAAUCAGAGCGCGGCUGAGCCGGCCGACUCGCCGGAGCAGGACGACACGAACGUCAGGAAGAGCAAACGAAUCAAGCAGAGCCAGCCGGACGAGGAGAGCACGCCGACGAAGAAGAGGAGGAAGAAGGCCGGAGCGAAGGAGGAGUCCGUCGCCGAGGAGGUGGAGCAGGAGGAGGCCACGCCCCCCAGCCUAGAGAAGAAGAAGAAGAAGAAAAAGAAGACCGCCAUUGGAGGAGAGGAGGCAGGGGGCGGAGCCGACCAGGAGGAGGUCACUCCCGAGCCUCCGGCCAAGAAGAAGAAGAGGACCAGACCGGCAGAAAAGGUGGAGGAGGAACCGGAAGCAGAACCUGAACCUGUCAGGAAAAAGAAGUCGAUCAAAAAGAAGGUUCUGCAAUGAUCUGGAUCAUUCUAUAUCAGUCCGGUGCAUCUGGGUCUACCUUCUGAGAGACCCAGAUCAGGCAACGGUACCUUCUACUUCCUGUGACCUCACUUCCUGUACAUCUGAAGUCGUUGCUAUGCAAACAUGGAGGAGGCUUCAUUUAGUGCACAACAGACUGUGAUGUGUUUUUAAACUGAUCCCGUGGUUACGGACAAUCAAUUAAUGUGUGUAUGAAAUAAUGGCGGGUUUUCAUGUGUGAGUGAAUAUAAUGGUGAGUUAGGUAUGGAUGUAAGGAGGACCGGGUAAGAGGUCAAAGGUCAGGGUCCUGAGGCUGUCUUGUUAGUCUUAUUGCUGCUUGUUGUGCCAAAACAGCAGAGCAUCUCUCUAGUGUCAGGGAAGUUGAACCUUGGUCAACCUGUUCUGUCACGUGUUCCCAUGAUGCAUUAGAAAAGGAUCGGAGAGAGAUGGUUAAUCUGAGGAAAAGCAAUGCAUCGUGGGAAAUACCAGCAGAACGGUUUUGUCUGAUCGCACCUCUUGUCUGACCGCACUGCUUCAAAUCUCUUCUCAGAACAGUUGAUCCCAGUCGAUGUGAAACGGUGACAAAACAUGGGAUUCUUUAAAAGGGGCUGAGGAUUCAGAUAGGCUAGUGAACCGUAACGUAGCUGGCGGUCUGAGAGCAUAGGCGCAGGCUUAAAGUUUUUACAAAAAAUGUAGUUUUGUUUGAGUUUUAGAUGAACUCAUGAUGCAUGUGAUGAGGGUAAUUUUUGUAUGUUUUUUCAUUGUUUUACUUGGUGAAUAGUUGUAGCGUUUACUUAUUUUAUGGAUUCUUUACGUUCACAUUAACUAAAAUGUUCUUUUAAUGUUCGGAGGAGAAUUUGAACUAUGCACCCUAACCGCGCUGACCCCCACGACCUCGGAGGAGGUUGUGCCUGAGGCCAGCGUGCGUUUCUCCCUUCCACGGCGACGGCAACACAUAGUGUACUCCGUGUUCGUACGUCGUGUCGUAUUUCAGGGCAUCCUGCACACCUUUAAAGGACCUAAGGGGAAUCUGACUGCUGAUCACCUGCGUGUUACUCUGAGCCGUGUGUGUGUGUGAUAGGUUCACCAAUGAUUCCCUUUGACUUUUAGUUUAGUGAGACGUCACUGACUGUAGUCUGAUUUCAUCGUUUAUAGUGUUUGUGUUCUAUUUACACGAACACAAAGGAAGUCAUUAACCAAGGUUGUUAAAGCCCAUAUUGAUGCGCUCCCCCUCGAUGCCUUAGUCACCCUUAGAGCCAAAGACAGGUCCUGACACGCCCUCAUGUUUACUGUCAGACCUUGACUUCAGUGUUAGCUUCCUGUAGCAGCGUGGAGCAAAAAACACUCCUACUGAAUGCUAGAAAAUAUGUAUCUCAUCAAGUCACCCAGUUUACAAGUGAACCCUUCCCGUAUUAACGUUGGUUUUAUAGAAGAUGGUUCUGUAUUUCUGCUUUCCUCAUGGUAAAUCUUCAUGUUUGUUCUGUCCUACAUAAAAACAUUAAACA